GAAGAAGAGAAAGCUGGCUACACGUGUGUACGAAGCGCAGACUUUUAGUAACAGUUUUAAAUUAAGAUCUCUGGACUUUGGAUCAGAAUCAGACCAAGUAAAAAUGCCGAAGAUAAGGUCGGAGAAGAAAAGCAGGCAGCACCAGGAGGUUAAAAACCAAGGGAUCAUGUUCAACACUGGUAUCGGUCAGCAUAUCCUGAAGAAUCCUUUGGUCGUUAAUGGGAUCAUUGAGAAGGCCGCUUUGAGGCCGACAGAUGUGGUCCUGGAGGUUGGACCUGGAACUGGUAACAUGACUGUUAAACUGCUGGAAAAAGCCAAAAAGGUGGUUGCCUGUGAGCUGGACUGCAGAUUGGUGGCAGAGCUUCAGAAAAGAGUGCAGUGCACACCAAUGCAGACCAAACUCCAAAUAUUGGUUGGUGAUGUUCUCAAAACUGAUCUGCCGUUUUUUGACGUCUGCGUGGCUAAUUUACCAUAUCAGAUUUCUUCACCGUUCGUCUUCAAACUUCUACUGCACCGACCUUUCUUCAGGUGUGCCGUGUUGAUGUUCCAGAGAGAGUUUGCUAUGCGUCUGGUCGCUAAGCCUGGAGACAAGCUAUACUGCAGACUUUCUAUCAACACACAACUAUUGGCUCGUGUGGACCAUCUCAUGAAGGUUGGAAAGAAUAAUUUCCGUCCUCCGCCAAAAGUGGAGUCCAGCGUUGUCAGAAUAGAACCCAAAAAUCCUCCUCCUCCUGUGAACUUCCAGGAGUGGGAUGGCCUGGUCAGAAUAGCCUUCGUAAGGAAGAACAAAACCCUCAGCGCGGCCUUCAAAUCCACUGCAGUGGAGCAGCUGCUGGAGAAAAACUACAGAAUUCACUGCUCUGUUCACAAUGUGGAAGUACCGGCAGAUUUCAGUAUCAGUAAGAAGAUCGAGAGUGUUUUGCAGGAGGCAGAGUUCAGUGAGAAGAGAGCCAGAUCCAUGGACAUCGAUGACUUCAUGGUGUUGCUUCAUGCGUUCAACUCUGCAGGAAUCCACUUUUCUUAGAGAGAGAGAGGAAACUGAAGAAAACCUAUGGCUCUAAAUGUUCCACCUUCAUGAUGACAGAUGAGUUAUUUGUCAUUAAGUGGAGAAGAAUAAGACUUUCUAAACAAGUUGUGCUCCUGAGCUGAGACUUUCAGGUGUGGAAAUCGUUGCAUGACGUGUGCAAAGGCUUUUUAAUUUUGGCUCAUAUUGAGUUUCUAUCCUCCUGAGUACACAGAAAGUAUCCUGAGGUGUGUGUAAGGGUUGUCAUUUAUCAUGUGUGAUCUGUGAUGGGGGAUUACUCUGAGUGGAUUUAAGUGCUCCAUGUGAAAAAAGAAACAUGGAAUUGCUGUUUCUUGAUUAAUCAGUGAGUGCAGGCCUUAAAUAAAACCAGACUGUCCCAAAGUGUAAUUUCUUUACUCUCUGAAUCAACACUAUCAAACUGUUACUAAAUUAGACUAAAGACUAGAGUGCAACUGCCUCAAGUCUUGGGGGAAAUAAAUCUCUGGAAAAUCCAAGAAAGAAUUUCUUUAAACAUUUAUUUGGAUAAGGAUAAAAUUGAAGAUAGGCAGGGUGAGAAUUUUGUUUGAAAUUUCAAUCAUAUGAACCUUUUUUAAUGAAUAAACGGCUAAAUGUGUGGUUCCAGUAACAGAUUCAUGAAAAUGUCAACAUUAAUUACAGUGCUAAAAGUAAUUUUUAUACUGCAGUAUGUGUUUUAGAUUUUCAAAUUAGAAAAUAAAAGACUAAUUGGUUGGUUUGCUACAGGAAUUCAAUUUCAACCCUGUCAUUGGCAGGGUUCUUUUUUAUAAGUAAAUAAAAAACAUGAGCCUGUUCAUGACAUCCCUUUUUGAAAACAAAGCUGGAAGUUUGAAGAUGUCCUUGUUUUAACUUUAGUCUUAUGACUCCCUGCAGUCUCUCGUGCUAGUAGUGCACAGUGUUGCUAUUUUAUUUUUUCCUGCUUUAUUUUAAAUG